UCCUGUUAGUAUCCGAUUCAGUUUCCGGUCCGGCAGAGCUGUUCUGGUUGAGAAGGCCAAAUAGCAAAAACUCAGUUGUAUCGCGCAGCCGAGGCGGUGUUUCGGGUGACGGGAUCGAUUUAUCCUUUUCUAAUCGAUUAGAAGUUUGCAGGACCGAGCUGCCAGAUAGUGUCCGCCAAUACAACCAGACCACGAUGUCAGCCCUGCGCUUGCUGUACUGUGCAUCCAGAUCAGGCCCGAAGUCCCUGUGCCCUGCCCUGACUCGCCCCUUCACUGCGUCUGCACAGAGAGACAGCUACAAGUAUGUCAACGCGAAGGAACUCGCCACGGACUUCAAAUCCAUCACCGACCGCGCGGCGCAAACGCUGCUGUGGACAGAGCUGUUCAGAGGUUUAGGGAUGACUCUGAGUUACCUGUUCAGAGAGCCGGCCACCAUCAACUACCCCUUUGAGAAGGGACCCCUGAGCCCUCGCUUCCGCGGGGAGCACGCUCUGAGGAGGUACCCCUCGGGAGAGGAGCGCUGCAUCGCCUGCAAGCUCUGUGAGGCUGUGUGCCCCGCCCAGGCGAUCACUAUUGAGGCAGAGCCUCGCUCCGACGGCAGCAGGAGGACCACGAGGUACGACAUUGACAUGACGAAGUGCAUCUACUGCGGCUUCUGCCAGGAGGCCUGCCCUGUCGAUGCCAUCGUGGAGGGUCCGAACUUCGAGUUCUCCACAGAGACUCACGAGGAGCUGCUGUACAACAAGGAGAAGCUCCUGAACAACGGAGACAAGUGGGAGGCAGAGAUAGCAGAGAAUAUCCAGGCAGACUAUCUGUAUAGAUAAGAGACUGAGAGACUGACACACACACAGAGCAGAGACUAUCCAAGCAGACUAUCUGUAUAGAUAAGAGACUGAGAGAGACACACAUACACACACACACAGAGCAGAGAAUAUCCAGGCAGACUAUCUGUAUAGAUAAGAGACUGAGAGACUGACGCACACAUACUCACACACAAAAGGAAAUGUCCUGUGCUGUUUUAUAAUAAUUAUAUAUAAUAUACACAUCUGUACCUCAGAAAUACCUGUUCAUAAUCUGCUAAUAAAAAUAUGUUUAAUGUCCUAAUGAGAAA